AUGCCCCAGAGAACAUACCCCAGAGAACAGGCCCCAGAGAACAUACCCCAGAUAACCUGCCCCAGAAAACAGGCCCGAGAGAACAUGCCCCAGAGAACAUACCCCAGAGAACAUGCCCCAGGGAACAUGCCCCAGGGAACAGGCCCCAGAGAACAUGCCCCAGAGAACAUGCCUCAGAGAACAAGCCCCAGAGAACAUGCCUCAGAGAACAUGCCUCAGAGAACAUACCCAAGAGAACAUACUCAAGAGAACAUGCCCCAGAGAACAGGGGCCCCAGAGAACAGGGGCCCCAGAGAACAUGCCCCAGAGAAUAUGCCUCAGAGAACAUACCCAAAAGAACAUACCCAAGAGAACACGCCCCAGAGAACAGGCCCCAGAGAACAUACCCCAGAGAACAGGCCCCAGAGAAUAGGACCCAGAGAACAUACCCCAGAGAACAAACCGAAGAGAACAUACCCCAGAGAACAGACCCCAGAGAACAUAUCCAAGAUAACAGGCCUCAGAGAACAUGCCUCAGAGAACAUACCCAAGAGAACAGGCCCCAGAGAACAUACCCCAGAGAACAUGCCCCAGAGAACAUACCCAAGAGAACAGGCCCCAGAGAACAUGCCCCGGAGAACCUGCCCCAGAAAACAGGCCCCAGAGAACAUGCCCCAGGGAACAUGCCCCAGAGAAAAUACCCCAGAGAACAUACCCCAGAGAACCCGCCCCAGAAAACAUACCCUAGAGAACAUGGCCCAGAGAACUGGCUCCAGAAAACAGGCCCCAGAGAACAUACCCCAGAGAACAUACCCUAGAGAACAUGCCCCAGAGAGCAUGCCCCAGAGAACAUACCCAAGAGAACAGGCCCCAGAGAACAAUCCCAAAGGAACAUGCCCCAGAGAACAGGCCCCAGAGAACAUGCCCCAGGGAGUAUACCCCAGAUAUUAUGCCCCGGAGAACAGGCCCCAGAGAACAGGCCCCAGAGAACAUGCCUCAGAGAACAUACCCAAGAGAACAGGCCCCAGAGAACUUAUUCCAGAAAACUUGCCCCAGAGAAGAGGCCCCAGAAAACAUACCCCAGAAAACAUACUCCAGAGAACAUGCCCCAGAUAA